AUAGGUAUAUAACGGCGCAUCGCUCUGUUAGCAUCACAGUCGGUACAGCGCUUCCAUCGGUAGUCCUAGCACAUUACAUUAGCUUAUUAAAAAUGAAAUUGCUCGUAGUCGCCGCCAUCCUCGGAGUCUGCUUGGCAGACCGCCUGGACAACAAAUACCUCCCUCCUAGAGGAAACCAGGGUGCCGGCUACGGACCUGGCUUCAGCGGUGCUGGUGGUUUCGGCGGCCCCGCUGCCGGCGGCUUCGGCGGCCGAGGCUCCGGCUUCGGCCAGGGAGGAGCCGGUGCUGGAUUCGGUGGAGCUGGUGCUGGUUUCGGUGGAGCCCAAAACUCUGGAAAUGCUUACGGCGCUCCCGCUGGCCAGUUCGGAGGAGCUCGUGGUUCUUCCUCAGCCGACGCCAACGCCCAAAUCCUCAGACUAAACAGUGACGUCACCGCUGAGGGCUUCUCCUACGACUUCGAGACAUCCAACGGAAUCCGCGCUGACGCGUCUGGAGUCGCCACCAACGGCGUCCAGUCUCAGGGAAGCUUCGCGUACAAGGGCGACGAUGGUCAGGACUACAGCAUCACCUACACCGCUGACGAGAACGGCUACCAGCCCCAGGGAGCUCAUCUGCCCACCCCCCCUCCGAUCCCCGAGGCUAUCCUGAAGUCUCUGGAGCAGAACGCCCGUGACGAGGCCGCAGGCAUCGUUGAUGAUGGUACCUACCGCGGUGAGGGUGCGGGCGCUGGCGGUGCUGGUGGCUACUCCAGCGGCGGACCUGGUGGCUACUCCGGUGCUGGUGCCGGUGGCUUUGGAGCUGGAUCUGGUGCCGGUGGUUUCGGAGCUGGAUCUGGUGCUGGCGGUUUCGGAGCCGGCGCUGGUGCUGGCGGUUUUGGUGGCUCCGCUGGCGGAGCCGGAUUCGGUCAGAAAUCCUUCGGUGGUGCCGCGUCCCGCCAAUACCUCACCCCCAACUCCGGCCCACGAGGCUCCGGCUCUGGCAACUUCAACUCCCAAACCGGCUACAGAUACUAAACUCCGCGCCGACUGAUGAUCGAGGGCAACCCGCGGUAAAACGCAAUGUAACAUUCUUAACGCAAUAGUAGUUCGGUAUUUAAUGAAAUUGUAACUUCAAUGCAAACCUUGUUGUGAUAAAGACUUGUAAGAUAGCAUUUUAAUUUGAAAGAUGGGCUUGCUUUGAAGUAAUAAUUUUUAUACGAACCAAAUUUAAUGUUACGAUCAUUCGAAUAAUUUAAAUUCAUUUUUAUUUUUGUUUCGUCGUAUAUAUUUUUGUAUCCCUCUAUCAUCAUUUUAAGAUGUUACCAUUAACGAUAUUAUGCUGUGAACUGAUGUAUGUGAUGAUAUUUUAUGCCCACUAUUAUUAUUUCUAUACCACUUGUUAUAAAUAAUAGUAGUUUUAAGUUUGUUCAUACAUGCAAUAUUCUUUGUUAAACUCAUACAACUUUCCUGUCUAUUAAUGUGAUCUCAAAUAAUUUCUGUAAACUUCUCUCUGUGAAAUUUCUCUCUUGUUAAUAUCAUAAAUGUAUAGAAAAUAAGUUUUACAUACAGCAACGCAAAUGGACAGUACUAGAACUAAGAAGAAAAUGUAUAAAAAAAUGUUUUGUACAAUGAUAUAGAUGUAAGUUUGUAAAUACAACGAAUAU